UUGGAAGCCAAAGCCAACAAAUGUGUGGACCUGCCUCUCAGAGCCCCAACAAAGAUGACCGCACAGGACGUGCCCCAGGCCUUUCCGACAGUGGAUGUCCCAGACCAUGCCCAUUACACAAUUGGAGGCGUCAUUCUUGCCGUGGGAAUCACUGGGACUCUGGGCAAUUUCUUGGUCAUCUACACUUUCUGCAGGAGUAGGAGCCUUCAAACACCAGCCAACAUAUUUAUCGUGAAUCUGGCUAUCAGUGACUUUCUGAUGUCCAUAACACAGUCUCCAAUUUUUUUUACCAAUUGCCUCCACAAACGCUGGAUUUUUGGUGAGAAAGGCUGUGAACUGUAUGCCUUCUGCGGAGCUCUUUUUGGCAUUACAUCAAUGAUCACUUUGACGGUGAUUGCCCUGGACAGAUAUUUUGUCAUCACAAAACCCCUGGCCUCUAUCGGAGUGAUGUCUAAGAAGAAGGCACUACUAAUCCUGGUAGGAGUCUGGCUGUACUCCUUGGCUUGGAGCCUCCCACCCUUCUUUGGAUGGAGUGCGUAUGUUCCCGAGGGCCUGCUGACCUCCUGUUCCUGGGAUUACAUAACCUUCACCCCAUCAGUCCGUGCCUAUACAAUGCUGCUUUUCUGCUUUGUCUUUUUCAUUCCUUUGAUUGCUAUCAUAUACAGCUAUAUAUUUAUCUUUGAGGCUAUCAAGAAAGCCAACAAGUCUGUUCAGACACUUGGAUGCAAACAUGGAAAUAGGGAGUUCCAAAAACAGUAUCAGAGGAUGAAAACUGAGUGGAGGAUGGCCAAAAUUGCCCUGGUUGUCAUCUUGCUUUACGUCAUUUCCUGGUCACCAUACUCUGUUGUUGCUCUGGUAGCUUUUGCUGGGUAUUCCCACAUCCUCACACCCUACAUGAACUCCAUACCAGCUGUGAUUGCCAAAGCUUCUGCCAUCCACAACCCCAUCAUUUAUGCCAUCGGUCACCCCAAAUACAGAACAGCCAUUGCAACACACGUUCCCUGCCUUGGAUCCCUGCUGAGAGUUUCUCCUGAAGGCUGCCAGUCCUUCAGCAGGUAUCCAUCCUCCAGACGAUCCACCAUCACCAGCCAGACUUCAGAGACGAGCCGGCCUCAGAAAGGAAAAAGGCGACUAUCUUCCAUUUCAGACAACGAAUCUGGUUGUACUGAUACAGAAACUGGUAUCACCACUAUGAUCUCCAGACCUGCUAGCAGAUGGGUUACCUAUGAAAAGGGAAAUAAUACAAAGGAAACUAGUGACAUACGAGCUCAUCCUAAACCUAAAAUCCACAAAUAUGGGAUUUUUGAGAAGACAUUUGUAGAUUCUGUUGACAUAUCCAUGGCGGACCUGAAUGUCACAGAGUACACUGCUACAUCUGCUACAAGCGAAAGCCUGAAUGGUACUGGACUAAAAGGAGAUUCUCACCAGACACCAUCUGCAGCCCAGAUACCCAGCAUUAUAAUAACAUACAGCAAUGUCCAAGGAGUAGAGGCACCUUCUGAACGCAGCUCUGGUUUCCUGUACCCUAAGAUCAAGAGUCACAGGCAGAAAAGCCACUCCAAUAGCUAAGUGGAUGGUGAA